UCUCUACGAGGAACACUUUCACUUCCUGCUACUCCAGGCCUCGAGAGCAGAGGCCUGACCAUGGCUCGCUGGCCUCCCGCAUCCUGAGGAUGGCCUGGCCAGAGGACAAGGCCUUAGCAGGCCCCACCGACGGGAAGAGACUGGUCCCAUCACAGACAAAUGGAGCAGGCGAGAUCACCUUAGGGGUCCUCAGGACCCCAGAGCCACUCCUUCGCCUGCAGAGGACAUGGGGGGUGUGGCAGAUCCCAGAGCUGGAUGCCCAGGAUGCAGAAGCCGUUCUGGAGCUGUGGCCACCAGGGAGUUUCCUGGUCACAGGACAUGACUCCAGCCAGGUCCUGGUGUUGAGGACAGGACCUUCACGAGGGGAAGUCAACACCUACCAGAUCCGGAAGCUUCCUGGAGGUGUGUCUCUGGAAUCCUCUAACCUCUGCAUGCCAGACCUGCUCCAUCUCCUGGCCUUCCUAUCAGCCAGCAGGGAUGUUUUGCCCAGAACACUGCUCUUGCCUCCUCCCACUCUAGGGCCUGGAAACAAACACACAGAUCCUCUGCAGACUGGCAGCAUCCAGCUCAACACCUCAGGGAGGGUGCUCUCUCUGGUGAACAAGCUCUACCUGGAGACCCACGGAGGAUGGAGGAUGGACCAGAUUCCCUCGGAGACACCUCCAGAGGCUGCGGAGAAACACAGUCCAGCCCCCAGGAACCCCACCCCUCACCGAGUCUCCUGGGUGGAAGGCCCACUCAGCCCGGAAGUACAGCAUCCUGGGCCAGCUCUGACCGUCCUGGUGGAGGAGAAGGAGGAGGAAGGGGAGGAGGAGGAGGAGGAGGAUGAAGAGGAUGACUACAAAGAGGAAGAAGAAGGACCUGAGGAUGUGCUCACCCGGCACAUCCGGGCUCUGGCCAGGGCCCGGAGCAGCUAUGUGGCCAGGCAAUUCCGGGUCCUUCGUGCGCGCCUCACCUCGGAUGCUAGGGGCCCCCACAGGCCUGGGGACCCGGCCACAGAGCUGCUCCAGGAUGUGCGGCACCUCCUUAUGGACCUCCAGGAGCACUUAGCCAAGGACCCGGAUGUCAGGGCUGUCUUUGGAAGCAGGGGGCCUGGGGUCGCCCAUAAGGACGAGGAUCUCGGCCCCGCGGUGGAGGCGGCCUUGUGCCGGGCCGUGCUGGCGCCGCUGAAGCCUGCCCUGUGGACGCGACUGCGCACGCUCCGAGCCCCGGAGCUGCGGCGACUGCAGCGGCGACAAAUAGCCCUGCGGGAGGGGGCGGGGCCUCCGGGCGCGCAGGGGGCGGGGCCUGGGGGACCGAGCCCCGCCCCGGCCUCCUCCCUGCGGAGCCGCAUCCACACGCGCCUGGAGUAUUUCCAUGCCGCCUACUCCCCACGCCGCAAGGUGGCGCUGCUGCUGGCGAUGUGCAGUGACAUCUACGCCGGCUUGGCUCAGGGUGAGAACCAAGAGCCCCUGGGGGCCGACGCCUUCCUGCCGGCGCUGACGGAGGAGCUGAUCUGGAGUCCGCACAUUGGGGAGACGCAGCUGGACGUGGAGUUUCUUAUGGAGCUCUUGGAUCCGGAUGAACUACGGGGAGAAGCCGGCUACUACCUCACCACGUGGUUUGGGGCCCUGCAUCACAUUGCCCACUACCAGCCCGACGCGGGCCGCGCGCCCCAGGGGCUCAGCUCCGAGGCCCGCGCCUCCCUGCGCCAGUGGCACAGCCGGAGGACGCUGCACCGCCAGGCGGGCGCCGGAGCACAGACCGACCUGCCCUUUGAGGAACCGUGGGCGAUAGAGACUGUGCGGUGAGAUCAGUGAUGAUUAGGGCCCUCAAGCCCUCCUGCUGCUCAAGCAAGGUGCG